AUGCGCCUGCUACGACGCAACGACUAUGGCGGAUACAUCCUGCAAGAAUUUGUAGGGGAGACCGUUCCCCGUUACGCCAUCUUGUCUCACACCUGGGGGCCAGAUCAUGACGAAGUCACCUUCGCAGAUCUCGGCAAAGACACAGACACAUAUAUUUCCAAGCCAGGUUACAAGAAGCUACGGUUCUGUGAAGAUCAGGUUGCCAAAAAUGGCCUCUGCUAUUUCUGGGUAGACACCUGCUGCAUCGACAAAUCGAGCAGUGCAGAGCUCACCGAAGCGAUCAACUCCAUGUUUGCCUGGUAUCGCGAUGCCGCGCGAUGUUACGUUUAUCUUUCUAACGUUUCAGCUGGCACCCCAAUUAGUGGAUCAUCAGACCGACAACAAUGGUACCCUGCUUUUCAGCAAAGCAGAUAG